CUCGACGAACGUGCACGUGCGUAAAACGUGCACGAAAAAAUUACGCUCUCCGUCUCUCUCUCCUUUCUCGUUUUUUUUAUUUCUCUCUCUCUCUCUCUCUCUCUCUCUCUCUCUCGCACACACACAUACACUCUCUCUCUCUCUCUCUCUCUCUGUCUCUCUCCCCCUCUCUCUCCUGUCAUUGUUAUUCUCGAACGUGAGACCAUUUUUUUUUUCGUUAUCAAAAUAUAAUAAAAAUAACAAAGAAAAUCUUGAGUGAAAAAAUAAUGCUGAAGGAUCUCCUGUGCAUAAGUGUUUCACUGUGUAUGAAAGAAUUCCUUUUAUUCUCUACAGAAGAUGCAAGAUAAAAAGAUUUCUCAAGAUUUUGUCGUAUAACUAAGUUUAUCUAGAAGAUAGACAUCAAACAUAAACAAUAAAAUCAACGCCUCGAGCGAUCAUCAUCGUAGGAUCAAGAAAAGCCGAAAAUAGACAAUAUGAACGAUGAGUCGAAUAAAUUGCGCCUUCGGCAAUUUCUCGAUCCACCCUCGAUGGAAGGGCAAAGACUUUUUUCUCGAGAAUCGUCGAAUUAAUCGAUCUUUUGAAAGGAUCGAUGAAAAUGCGAAGGAAGGUGUUUGUUUUUUCGGAGUGACUUUAAAUUGAAUUAAAAAAAUGUACCUUAAUGUCAGACGUCUAUCGUUUUUGCUAUUGUCUGUCAUUAAUCAAGGAACUUAAUUACUAGUGGGAAAUUGAACCGCGGAAAGUGAAUCUUCAUCGGCUACGGAAUCCAUUGAUUAUCGGAAAGAAAGAACUUGACACGAAUGAUGCAUCUCUUUGAAAAUUCGAGAAGAGUAACGAGCCUCCUUCUUUCCAAAACAAAUGUUACGAUAACAUUUAUAUCGACGCCGUUGGAUAAAACAUUUCUUUUUUAGUGCUACGGGGAAACAAGAUACAAAUAUUAGUCCAACCGAGUUUUCUACCGCUCGCUCGUAUCGGCAGAUGAUCGUUUCGAAAUAAACAUCGAUGAAAUUGGCGCAUUUCGCCUUUGCAGGAUGAACGAUUCGUGGCUGUCGUAUGAGGAUCUCGAGGAUUGGUCGUUAAACAAUAGCUUUUGGAUCUACAAAAACGGAUCCUACGGCGAAAACGAUGAAGAUCUAUACGAUGUGCCGACAAGCGUGACGGUUAUCCUCAGUAUUUGUUACGGAAGUAUAUCGGUCCUGGCAAUCGUUGGAAAUUCUCUCGUAAUGUGGGUUGUCACGACAACACGGCGAAUGCAAAACAUGACGAAUUUCUUCAUCGCCAAUCUCGCCUUAGCUGACAUUAUUAUCGGUCUCUUCGUCAUUCCAUUUCAGUUUCAAGCAGCCUUAUUGCAGAGGUGGAAUCUUCCACAUUUUAUGUGCGCCUUCUGUCCCUUCGUUCGUAUACUUUGCGUGAACGUAUCUGUAUUCACGCUUACAGCGAUCGCUGUCGAUAGGCAUCGUGCCAUCCUCAAACCACUCAGUGCUAGUCCGACGAAACUGAAAGCAAGAAUCAUCAUAGCAGGAAUUUGGAUGCUGGCCACAGCUUUAGCGACACCAAUGGCACUUGCGCUCAGAGUGAUUAUGAUACCAGAAAAUAUGACUAGUGGACGUUAUCAUUUGAAACCAUUCUGCCAUAAUGAAAACAUGUCGGAAAAUUCGAUGCUAACGUAUCGAGCAUUAUUGGUUUUCCUACAAUACAUGACGCCUCUUUCAAUAAUAUCCGUCGUGUAUGCUAGAAUGGCUAGGACACUUUGGGGCAGCAGAGCGCCUGGAAAUGCAGAAGAUUCGCGUGAUGCUGCUUUUAUGAAAAAUAAAAAAAAGGUUAUCAAAAUGUUGGUAAUUGUCGUCGUAUUAUUCGCGAUAUGCUGGUUACCAUUACAAUCGUACAACGUACUGGAAUACACUUAUUCAGAAGUAAAUCAAUAUCAAUACAUAAACAUUAUAUGGUUCUGUUGCGAUUGGCUAGCCAUGUCGAAUAGUUGCUGCAAUCCAUUCGUUUAUGGUAUAUAUAAUGAAAAAUUUAAGCGGGAAUUUCAACAGAGAUGCCCAUUUCGAUCUCGAAAAUUACCGAUCAGUCCACCGACCGACAGUAUGGAUCUCGACAAGACGCAAAGUACACGAGCAUCCAUUAGGUACAUUCUCAGAUAUGAUUGGCGACGAACAGGUUCCAGUGGUUAUCCGUCUUUCUAUAGAGGUGUACCAAUGCGAGAAUCAUCCAAAAUACCCAUUAAGAGCAAAAACGAAUCUAUUACUCGACAAACAAAUAUAUCAACACGUUGGUCUCGCAACGAACAAAAAAAUCAAUGCUGUCCUGAUCAAAGAUCACCGAGCAAACCAAUGGAACUCUACGUCUUCUCCUCCGGCAGACACAAACAUACGAAAAGUAUCGGUACAGAAGAAUUGUGUCUUUAAUAUAAAAACAUAAUCAUAAAGAGAUCUUAGCUUCCACGAUCGAUUCUUUGGAUCGAUCCUGUUUAGCAUAUUAUUAUAAAACUGAACGGAACGAAUUUACGAUGAAUUACGUCAAAGAACUAUAUUCAAAGUUCGCAUUAUUUUUUUCUUUGUCAUAGCUCGUUAAAAAUAAUAUAACGAAGCAUUCCUUUUGAUUAUUCCAAGCGGAAAUUAAACUACUUUUACUAUUUAAGAAAAUUUUACAAAUUUUAUUUGAAAUUUUAAAUUAAGUCAUUUAUAUAAGAUAAAUUUGCAAGUAUUUUGCAUAUUAAAUAACUUUCUCAAAUUAAAACUGAGCCAAAUAUUUUCUAUAAAUAUAAUAACGUGAAAUGACAUAAAGUAUUGGAACACCGUAUAAAUUACAUUCAUAAAUAAAUUUUAAAUUAUAAUUUUUCAAAGCACAUGAUCUUAAUGUAAAAUAAUGAAAAAUAGGAUAAUAUUGAUUUUAAUAAAUGAUUUAAAAUGCAAAUAAAUUAAUAUAUGAUAUCAUCGAUAUCAAUGAGAAUCAAAUUAUACAUAUACUCGUUCUAAUAAUGAGCGGAUAGAAUGUAAACAUAAAAAUAAAUUAAAUAAGUGGUACGCUAUUAAAGUAUUUCUGAACUAUUUCUAGUCAAUAAAUGUACAGAAAAAUAAAAGUAAUAAAAUCAACCAGACUUUAAAAAGUCCCUUCUACAAACUCAUGC